UGCUUCUUUAGGAGAACGUCUGCUUGCUCACAUGUGAAACUUCAGCCGGUUUUUAAAGGAAGCGCGUUGGAGCGAGGCGGACCUGCAGCUCCAGGACUUCAGCUUUCCUCCUCCGGACAGGUUGGUCCUGAGCAGACCUCCCCCCCUGCUCCCCCCUCCUCUCUGCUGCGGUAAAAUCUCCUGAGUGGCUGCAGCUCUCCCUCCGUGGGACUCUCCUCCCUCCUGCUCCUCCUCCUCUGCAUCCCCCUCAGCGGGGGUUUCAGUGCAGAGCCGGAGCGCAGAGCGGAGAGGUCCCCGCUGAGGAGAGCUUCUGGGUUCCUUCUUCAUGCAGCGGAGGUCACUUCUCCUGGCUGCCGAGGCGCUGAGCCCCCCCUGCUGACCCCCCCCCCUGCCUCUCCGUCCAGCAGCAGCAGCAGCAGCAGCGCAGCGUAAAGCCAUGGAUGUGGUUAAGAGCCGCCUGCUGGGCAUCUCCGUGGCCGUGGCGCACGGCGUGUUCUCCGGUUCCCUCAACAUCCUCCUCAAGUUCCUGAUCAGCAAUUAUCACUUCGGCUUCCUGACGCUGAUCCAGUUCCUGACCAGCGUCACGGCGGCGCUCACCCUGGAGACGCUCCGGCGUCUGGGGAAGAUCCAGAUCCCCGCGUUCAGCACGCAGCUCUCCAAGGAGUUUGCGUCGGUGUGCAUCCUGUCCACGCUGCAGUCCACGCUGACGCUCUGGUCCCUGCGUGGCCUCAGCCUCCCCAUGUACGUCGUCUUCAAGCGCUGCCUGCCGCUCUUCACCCUCUGCAUCGGCGUCUGCGUCCUGAGGAACGCCAUGCCGACCGCCGGCGUGGUCACCGCCGUCAUCAUCACCACCGGGGGCGCCGUGAUGGCAGGCGCUGGUGACCUCACUGGCGAUCCCUUUGGUUAUGUCACCGGGGUGCUGGCCGUUAUCAUCCACGCCUCCUACUUGGUUCUGAUCCAGAAAACCAGUCUGGAGAGUGAGUAUGGACCUCUGACUGCGCAGUACGCCAUCACCAUCAUGGCGUCGCCGGUCCUGCUCAUCUGCUCCGUCAUCUCCAUGGAUGCCCUCAACAUGUGGUCGUACGAGGGCUGGAAGGAACCCCAGAUCACCGUCAUCUUCAUCCUGUGCAUCUUCAUCGGCUGUGCCAUGAACUUCACCACGCUGCACUGCACCUACAUCAACUCGGCCGUCACCACCAGCUUCGUCGGUGUGGUGAAGAGCAUCGCCACCAUCACCGUCGGCAUGCUGGCCUUUGAGGACGUGGCGCCCACAGGGCUGUUCAUCGGCGGCGUGGUGGUCAACACCGUCGGCUCCAUCACCUACUGCGUGGUCAAAUACUUUGAAACAAAGAGGAAGAGUUUGUAUGAGGACUUGGAGAAGGACGCCUCGCAGCCUGGGGACCCGUACACACAGAAACCACCUCUGGACCACGGAGAUCCGGCCGCUGGACCCGAUCCAGGAUGGUCGGAGGCGGGAGAAGUUCUGAGUGGAGACGGGGAAACGGGAGAGCCGCCCCAUUUAUCAAAUGGAGCGUUAACGGUGGGAGAGACCGCACAAGGAGAGGGAGGCUUAAAAUCUGUGGUGAUGAGUGAAAAAGACGUUGUGGAGAUGCAGAGAGAGCACCUGCAGAAGGAGAACGCCUCUGCUGGUCACUCAGCCACCGAUAACUUUGUAGGAGUAUGGAGGUCAAUCAGGAAUCUGCAGUUUACAAAGAAAGAAAAUCUGAUCGACAACAUGGAGCUCCAGAGUCCAUAAGGGAUGGAAACCCAAACAGGCUCUGGAGCAGAAACUAAAACUAAGCCAGAGGAGACCAGAGGAGCCUGAACUUCUUCUGGAAGUCUGCCAGGAACCUCUUUGUUCAGCCUCAGCCGUGCUUGAUGAAUGCUUGUUGGUCUAAUUGGCUGCUGUUGCUGCAUUACCUCAAGGAAAUCUCUUGUGCUGAGGAAUUAACGUCCCAGAAGCAGAAAGAGGUUCUCUUCAUUGUGAUGACUGAGAAGAGGUUCCAGGCGGAGAGCGCUGGGGGAGGAGCUGUGGGCAAAGCUACCUGUGGAGAUGAAUUCAGCUUCUCGUUGCCUUGGCAUGCUGGGAGGGCAGCGCAGAGCGCCGCAGCAUGACGCGGCCUCUAACCCAGCCGGUGCUGCCGCUCCCGUUUAACAUCCAAUCAGGGAAGAGUUUCAGUUUGUGCAUUAGAACCCGGUGGAUUGUUUGUUUACUGAACUCUGCAGGUCUGCUGCUUUACGUUUUAUAUGCUUCCAUAUCAUCAGCGUCAGAUCAUCAACAUGAAGCCAUGUCAACGUGUCAAAGUGAAAACGAUGGCACCGAGUGUUAUUCUGUGUUCUUCUGGGUCACCGGGGGGAGAAUCAGUGGUGCAAUGUGACAAUUAUUCACCUAAAAGAGCUAAAAUGAAGUAUUUUAACUGAGAAGUUUCUUUCCAUGACAUUUUGUACUUCUUUAUCACAGUAAUGGUGGAUGUUUUUUGGUUUUUAAUACACUGCAAUUUCUUUCCUCUUGUGCUGUUCUGAACUGAUGUGUCUACAACCAAAACGCUAAAAAUGCUUUUUAUUGUUUUCAGUGUUUGUUAAGCAGAGUGGAGACAAGAAAAAGCUCAGCUGUCUCCACAAAAAAUGAUUUCCAGCAGUGGUUUAGUGGCCUUUUUUUAAUUUACUGGAAGCUUUUUAUAAAACUCUAAACAUCAGAUUUAUUGAAGAACAACAUUUGAUUAUUUGUUUGUUUUAUGCUGUUUUAUGAGAAUAAUAAAGGGACUACAUCAUUUCAGCUGUU